AUGGUCAAGUUCAGACGCUCGUCGCAUACACAUACACACAGUUCCUCAAUACAAACCAAGGACCCCACUGCCAUCAUACCUCCUAAGAAGGUCAUAAAGGCCUUGUACGACUGGGACGCUCCGACAGACAACCCUUCCGUUCGCUUCUUGUCCUUUGCCUCGGGCGAUUUCCUCCACGUUACAGGACGCGAAGACGACACGGAGUGGUACGAAGCCUGCAACCCGCUUCAUAACUCGCGCGGCUUAGUUCCUGUGAGCUACUUCGAACAGGUCGGCAAAACAGUGCGCGACAGCGCUUCGACCACCUCGUCACCCGGCACUCAACACGACAGUGGCUAUGCCGACAAGUCAUCGCACAACUCCGCGAGAAUGAGCAAGUCCUCGAUGGGCAGGUCCGGUGGUGCCCCUGUCUAUGGCAUUGUCGCAUACGAUUUCAAAGCCGAGCGUCCCGAUGAACUCGAGGCUCACGAAGGAGAAGCCAUCAUCGUCAUUGCGCAAUCGAAUCCAGAAUGGUUUGUCGCAAAGCCCAUCACGCGACUGGGUGGCCCAGGUCUCAUACCAGUAUCCUUUGUUGAGAUCAAGGAUCUCACGACCGGUCAGACUAUUGAUUCGGCCGAGGCGAUCGCAAGAGCUGGUAUACCACGGGUGGAAGAGUGGAAGAAGAUGGCAGCAGACUACAAGAACACCAGCAUUCCGUUAGGGCAGAUUGGCAACAUGCAGGCCGCUCAGUCAAUGACAGGCCUGCAGUCAGGCAUGGAUCGCAUGAGUCUCAACAACGGCGGGCACUCUCGCAACAUGUCGACAGUGUCGCAGCGUACAACCUCGCAGGCGCAUUCGCAGUACCCGCUUGCGCCUUUGCGCGCAUCGGUGCCGCGUUACAUGUACCUUGACGAGAAGUUCCAUUUUAUUGUCGAGGCGACACUGGCCGAUGGCUCGCAUUGGGAUUUGACUCGCAUUUAUGAAGACUUCUACGAACUACAGAUCAACCUCAUCAAGGCUUUCCCUGAUGAAGCCGGCAACACAGGGCACCCUCGCACUCUCCCACUGAUGCCUGGCCCUGUGCAAUUCGUGACGGAUCGUAUCACUGAAGGUCGCCGCGAGAACCUCGACGAAUACCUAUAUAAGCUGUUGCGUCUUGGCUCACACGUCGUCAACAGCACACUAGUUCGCGGCUUCUUCAGCCCUCAUGCUGGUGACUACGAGGUCGAUCCGAAUGUCGUCGAUCUUAACGAGCAUAGUCGUGCUGCUGCUGAGACAAAAGCAAACCGCUACUCGACCGCUUCUCAUGCUUCUGGCCAGUAUGCCACUUCGACUCAUUCCGCUCGACAGUCAACCAGCGCACAGUCUUUCGCUGCACACCAACGUCAGCAAUCAUCUGUUGGUGGUGGUUCUCUACGCGCUGCUCCUGGCCACUACCGAACACCUUCUCAAUAUACUGAUUCCACUGUGCAUACCACUCAUGCUGCAGCUCCUCCUCUCGCACGUCAAACCACCGCUAUGUCUACCGCAACAACAUCUUCGACCACGACUAGUGGUGGCGCUCUGAAAGUCAAGGUCUGGUUCGAUCGCGAAACCUGUGUUGUCUUGCGAUUGCCGGCACGAGGUGCUUUCACCUUCGAUGAUCUGUACCGAAAGAUUCUGGAAAGACGCAGAUUGGAGUACGGUGAGGCAGAUCCACGUUCUGAAGAGACCGAGUUGGAUAUCGAGGUUCGCAACGAGCGAACCGGUGACUACACACCGCUUAUAAACGACGAAACUCUGGAGGAUGCCAUUCAACAGAACGAAAAGAUGAUGCUUGUUGUGCAAAGUGCUCACGGAAGAUGA